AUGGAGGGCAUCGACAAACUGUUGGAUUGCGCCGUGGAGCACGUCGGGUUUCUGCUCGCUUCCCAGACGCCGGCAGGCUUCGAGAACCUCGGCCAGGAGAUCGAGCACCUCGCUCAGAGUAGUCACGCCACUGAGCCACAAGAAAGGGAAAAAGCGUUUCGUCUGUGGAACAGGUGUUUUUUGUCUUUAGCAACGGAGAGGGACGAGAGCAUCCAAGUAGUUUCACGUUCCCUUAUUCGGGUCGUCAAGAACUCCAUGCUCUACGUAGGUUCAAGUUACUUAUAAAUAUGCGGAAACGACGUCACAAUAUGCAGUCCAUUUUCUGUCGUGACUCUUUCUUCAGGCUGCGACGGCUUGCGCAAUUUAGUCCCCAACUUGAGGUCCGGGAAAAGUGUUCCCAGUGGUGUGCGUAUCAAAUGCAAAAAUGUCUGGGUCUGGAAGGAUGCCACUUGUCAUGCUGAAUCUGAAGCAUGCAAAAAUUUGUGUUGCAUGAUUACCAAAAGCUGUGCACUUUUCAUCAGUUUGACAGGGAGUUUCUCAUGCAGGAUAUGCAUGAUAGACACGUCACAGCGUUUGUCAUGCUAGAUGCUGCAUUCCAGGCCUCAUGGGUCAUGGAAAAGUCUCGCGCCUUAACCCAAAGGGGUACGUCGUCUCUUCCGUGAGAACAAAAACGUAUUGCGUAAAAUGGGUCGGGUCCUGGAUCGUUCUGUAUGUUGGGCUGUCGCGCUCGGCUAGCUGGCCGGGCUGUACUGAUCAGGUGUGGUGGGUAGCUCCCGACUGGUUGGCACUUUUCUUGGGGCGACUUGCCGUGGUAGCGCUCGGCUUUUGUAUGAUGAGGUUGCCGAAAGCGCUCCCUCGCCCACCCCCCGGGGAGGGGAUCCUUGACCUGUGGCGCUGGGAGAGGGUGUCCACUACAUGAUGAUGAUGAUGGAAAAACUGCAUCACAAAUCUUGCAUUCUUUCAGACCCAGACAUUUUUACAUUUGAUAGUGCGCUCCUGCAUCCGCCAACUGCGAGCUCGCACAGUAUUGUGAGGAAAAAUCCCCCCUCCCCAUAUCGAAAAGGCAUGUUUCCGAAAAUUUGCUUUGCUGAUUUGAGGUCACAAAUCGCAUCUGUCUUGCAAGAAGACAAGGGCAAAAGCUUCGCCCCCAUUAUGGAGGCGAUUUGUCACGCUGUUGGGCCUAAAGGGGAGCCGUUUGCCGUGCUGAACAACUAGACCGAUACGCCCCUACAUAGCCUGGGGAUGUGGCCGCGAUGCAUUCCUGCAAUACAAAGCCGAUUUGUGUACACAAAUCCCGCAUCACAGAUUUCCAUUUCGAUAUGGGGUGGGGGGAUUUUUCCUUUUGAUACACAGCGGCUCUUCCUUUGACCAGUCAGGGGAGGCAGAGAAACCUCCCGUGGAUUUCGGGAGCCCGAGUUGGCAAGACCUGUUUCAGCAGAAGAAUGGAAACCUGACGACGCUGCACUGGGCCCUUGCAGCCCACGACGGCUUCCUCGACCGGUUUUUCUCCUCGAAGCGCGCGCUCCUGUUUGACGAGGGUCCUUUGCCGAAACCGUGGCGGCACUACCUCGCGCUGCUGGGGGCCACGCAACUGCGCUGCGAGUAUCUUGCGCGGCACGCGGCGGAAAUGUUCCUGUUAGUGGGAGGUAGUUGUUUGUUUACUCCUUCUACUCAGCAGCAAUUUUUAGGCCGUCGUUUUGAGGCCAAUUUAAGACGAUUAUGAUUGGCCUCGUCGUAAAAAAAGCUGUAGCUGGUCAUUGUCCAAGAACUCGUUCGACGAAUUCGAUCCUGUGUUUUUGUUAUGUGUCGUGAUGUCCACUACAAGGCGAAGCUUCAUUUUUACUGGAGGUGACCGCACCUGGCUCGCGGGGCGUGCCGACGUAAUUCCGAAAAAAUUACUCGCGAUCGCGAAGUUCAACGAAGUGAUGUGCCACCAGCCCUGGCUGCUGCUGGAGCAAACCGGGGAGGGCACUACGACCUCUCCGUCUCACGGAAACAGUCCCGAAAAACACGACAGGAGCCGGGGCACCGCGGUCGUGAGUUUCGCCGAGCUGCUCGACCCGGAUGAUUCAGCCUGCCGGUGGUCGAGCACGGAGCUGCUGUCGGCGCUGGCGAUCCUGAGUACCUACCAUUCCAUGUCGGCGUUUGUGUUCGCGCUCGGCCUAGAGCUCGAAGACCCGUUGGCACCGGGGGACGAAAAGUGGAUCCUUACCGACGGAAGCACCGAUGGAAAAAUAUCCCCCGAGUCUGUAUCGCUCAUAGCUCCCGCGCCGCAAGCGCAGCCGGAGCCGCCGGAUGACACGGGUGUCGCAGAGGAGGAUGAAAACAACACGAGUAAGAAUAAAACCGUGAUGGUCGCCAGCAACAAAGAGAGCUACCGAACGGCGAGCUUUGCCACGGCGCGGUCGGAGGAAGAGGACCUCACCUCGCUCGAACGCCAGAGCACGAGCAGCGGCGGGGACAAAGAAAAGCACCGGCUCGUCGUUUUGGAGGACCCCAAACGAGCUCAGGUGCUCGCCCACCUGCCCUGCUGCUUCCGCAAAAAUCUCUCCGAGUCCGCGAACUGGUAGUAUCACUAUCAUGCUUGCUGGAUGUUCUUUGACGAGCACACAGUGUUCUCGGUGCUUUCUGGACGUCCAAGCGUGGCGUCAGGUGUGGUCAUCUCCGAUAUUCUUGCCACCAACGCACUGGCUGCAAAGGCUGUGUUAUGAGGCGGCUCCGUACGAGUCGGACUGAUUUCCAUAUGAACUUUCGAUUCCCCUUCUCUGCUUGGUGAUCAUUAAAUUACAGGUACUACUUCAUCUCCAAGCAGGAGGAGCAAGAGUUGCUGAACCCCAUAAAAAGCGAGAAGGACUGGCGCGAGCUCGGGCGACUGACAGACAACGCGCUGACUCAGGAGGAGCGGCAUUCCCUGCAGGAAGUGAUGGCUGCGCGACCGAUCGUUCGCGCGCCGCUAUGCGAUUUUCUGCUCGCGCGCGCGAGUGGGGUGGAGCUUACGGGCCUUGAGGACGCAAGUGAUGUCGGUACAAAAGGCGCAGAAACAUUCAAGCUGAAGUACGUAGACUAUGGGGCCGGUGCCGCGUCUGCGGCGUCACAGUACAGCUGGGCUGAUCACGCGUACCCGUUGCUAGGGCAGUACUGUCCCGAGAUCGCUGACGCAAUUCACGAAGAGUACGAGUACGUACAGAGCUACACCGACUCCUCCGUCGGCGGUAUCAAGGUCAGUUCCACGCUCCCGAUUCGACGAGCGCUGUUCGCCUACGUUUUUCGCGUCUACGGCCUAGAAGUUGACGACUUUAACUACACAAGGUUUUUCUUUUGAGUUGGGUUCUAUCUACCUUCGCUUCUAUGCUAGCUUACUGUUUGUUCAUGGUCGUCCACUGCUAUACUAAGCAAUCAACGGAGUUGUAAGAGGUGGAAGAAUAGCAAUAGGUGCUUCUAGGAAUUGGCAAUUCCGGGCGGUUCUGAUGGUGUCUAUUUUUGUGCAAAGUUAAAGGACCAUUUUAUAUUUUUUUCUACUUGCAGGUUGAACUUCUACUUGACGCUGAUGCACAAGGUGUUUCUGAAGAAGCUUUGCUGUUUUCCCGAGGCGUUGACGAGGGAGGACUACGACCGUGUGAAAGCGAUCGGAGGGUAUAACCUUCGCGACAUGAUUCAGUACAUUCACAUCGCAACCCAGGUUCGGCGGGUUAUGCAGCUCCAGUACGUCAUGGCCGCCUUCCAGAGGUACCAGACCCGGCGGGAAUCGGGGAAUACUUGA